AUGGAGUACCUUCCUAGUCUUCAACAAGAGUUCGAUGCGCAUAAGCCAUCACUUUUCGAACUACUUGCCGAACAACAACUCUCCGAUCUUCUCCCACCUUCUAUCCGAUACCUUCUCGCGGUCGCGACUCACCGCCACCCCCGGUAUCUCCUCCGGAUCCUCAAUUCAUAUGACGAAGUCUACGCCCUCCUCUCUCUCGUUGUCGAACGCUACUAUCUGCGUACCUUCGGCGGAUCUUUCACAGAGAACUUCUACUCUCUCAAGCGCGAGCGCGUUCUCCGCACCAAGAAUGGCGAAAUCCCACGCGCCCAGGUCGGCGCCGACGGCCCCGUUCGCGACGCCCUCAAAUUGCACUCCACCGACGUAUGGAAGAACCUGUUGGUGAUGGUCGGUGUUCCAUACCUGAAGCGCAAGCUAGACGAAGGCUAUGAUAUCCAUGCUGCGCCCCACGCGUCUCUGGUGAUGGGCGGCGGGCCGCGAUACAACCCCAGCGACGACCUACCUCACAACCCGACAGUGCGCCAACGUAUCUUCCACUACUAUAAGUGGUUCUUGCGCAAUGUCUACCCAUCCGUGAAUGCGGCAUACUACUUUUCCGUUCUGGCGUUCAACCUCGCCUACCUCUUCGAUAACACCAAAUAUUCCUCUCCAUUCCUUUGGCUGAUCGGCUCUCGCAUUCGCCGCCUCGGCGCCGCCGACCAUCGUGCCAUCGCUGCAGUUCUAGAUCCCAAGCCUGCGCCUGGUGGCAGCCGAUCCCAACGACCAGGCUCAGGAUUGAUGGGUCUGCUCAGCCCACAGAACCUCAACACCCAGCUUCUGACCUCUCUUCGCUACUUCCUGCCGGCAUCUAUCUUCGCGCUGAAGUUCCUGGAAUGGUGGCAUGCUAGUGACUUCUCCCGUCAACUAGCCCGCAAAGCGACCGAAGUUCUCGACCUCCCAGCGCCCGUGAUAUCAGGCCUCACGAAUACGGCCGAGCGAAAGAAUCACCGCGCCGACAUCAACCCCCCCAUUUCGGCCACCUCCUACCUCCCCAUCUUCACAGUCCCUCUACCCCCAGCCGACACCUCCAGUGCUAAUACAUGCCCGGUCUGUCUUAACGCUUUGACAAAUCCGACCGCUUGCCAGACUGGCUACGUCUUCUGCUAUGUGUGUAUCUUCCACUGGUUGAAUGGCGAGCACCAACGACAAUUAGACUUCAUGGACGGAGAAGGUGCCGGCGCUGCUUGGGAAGAGGAGAUCACUGGCGAUGACGAGGAUGAGGAUGAGGAAAAGAACGACGGGCGUGCCAACGAAGAGACUGGAUCACGCAAGCGUGGUGGGAAAUGGGAAAGUGGGAAGGGUAGAUGUCCAGUUACUGGGCGAAGAGUCCUUGGGGGCACGGAGGGUUUGCGGAGGGUGUUGAUUUGA